GCGCUCCCCACACCCUCUCCAGCCGGCCGGCCACGCAGACAUGCGCCCGCUGCUGCUCUGCGCCUCUCUGCUGGCGCUCUGCGCCGCCCCGGCGCUGGCCCAGGGCCGACGCCGCACCGCCGCCGAGCCAUCCGCGGCCCGGCGCCGGCCCGCCAGCCGCGUGGUGCCCGCGCGGACCACGCCGGCGCCAGAGGUGCCCGAGUUCGAGUCCGAGUGUCCGCUGCGCGACGGGGUGUUCGCCGACGCGUUCCAGUGCGACCGCUACUACGAGUGCCGCGACUACGUGAUCACGGAGAAGCUCUGCCCGGACGGACUGGUGUUCAACGACAUCAGCCCGACGCUGGGUCGCUGCGACCAGGUGUUCUCCGUCAACUGCACGGGCCGCGAGGAGCUGCAGGAGGCGCAGCCGACCGGCGACUGUCCGCGCCAGAACGGCUACUACGCCGAUCCCGACCCGACCAACUGCGGCACCUUCAUCCACUGCGUGGACGGCGUCAGCAACCGGGUCGAGUGUCCGUCGGGCCUGGUGUUCUCCCUGCAGAUGGGCACGUGCCAGUGGCCCGACCAGGCCGGCCGCACCGGCUGCUCGUCGGCAGAGGUGCUGGCGUUCGAGUGUCCGGGCGCCGGCGACCCGCGACUGGCCGGCGUGCCGGCCGACCUGCCGCUGCACCCGCGCUACGCCGACCCGGCCGACUGUCAGUUCUUCUUCUCCUGUCUGGACGGCGUGGUGCCGCGGCGACACGGCUGCGAACAGGGCCGCGUCUUCAACGACGAGACCAAGCAGUGCGACAAGCCGGAGAAUGUGCCCGAGUGCAACUACUAGAGCGGAGACCGGCGCGCCGGUAGGAGACGCCGCACAAAACCAGCUCGGCAGUGCGAAGUGGUUAUCGUCCAAGCCGUGUGUCGUUUGGAAACCGGCGUGGAGACGUCGGUUGACUGAUUAUCCUGUUUGUCUUUGUUGCUCAUUGUGUAAAUGUACGUUGUGUGAAACGUGCAAUACUCGUUAAAAGCAUUGGCGAGUUGGCAUAAUACACAUGCAUAUCAUCAUGA